UCAUAACUUAACGUGGUAGGUGGUUUUGAUCACGAUUUCAAUGUUAGAGUUUUCAAUUUCAAAAUCAUCAAUCCUCAUGUCUCAAUCUCUUAUUGAGAAUGAAUAAUAAUAUUGAAAAGUACUCAUCACUGAAAAUAAAUAAUUUUAUUCACUUAUCUAUGUACCAUUUUUUCUACGCAAAUAUGUUGACUUAUCCUGAACAACUAAAAUAAGCUAUAGAAAAAAUGAGAGUAAUAAAAUGCACCGUCGAUUAAUCAAAAUUCAACCUAUUUAAGUUAAAUGUAACCCAAUGUGUACAUUUAUAACUAUGUUAUACACAGUCCAUUAAAUAUUAUUCUGGAAGUGUUUUGCUACUAUUUAAGAGUUUUAUUAAAUCUCAAUCAAUCGAGUAAUAUUAUUAAUUUUUAAUUUGUUUUAAAUUUGAUUAUUUUUUCAAUCAAACACAAUGAGUUCCGAAAGCUUGCAUAAAAACUGUGACGAUGAAGAUAAUACUUUUGAUUGGACAAAAUAUUUAAGAAUACGUUGUGCAGAAGAAGUACCUGAAGAUUUUUUUUGUCAUGUGUGUAAAAGUGAACAAAAUGGUAUAGAAUUGGGAUCCGUAAUAGAGGUUGAAAAUGAAGAUGGUAGUGGAUACUGGUUUGCUAGUAUAACUUUAUCGAAAGGAGUUUUAAUAUGUUUACGAUAUUAUGGUGAUGAAAGUGAUACAAAUGAUUUUUGGAUAGUUGUAAAAUCACCUCGUAUACAUAAUUUAAAUUGGGGAAAUGAAAAUGGUAAGGAAUUAAUACCACCUCAUCCUGAAAGAUUUCAACGUGUCAACCUCAAAGUCAUGAAAGAAAAAGUUCUUGAUUGUGAACACAUUGUAUCUGAAAAAGUUUUACAGUUGGAAGGAGCUCCAAUUUUUAAUGUGUUUAAACCAGGUAUGUGUGUUGAAAUUCAAGAUAGAGACUAUCCAUACAGAGUUUGGAUUUCAAAAAUUCUCAAUAAUGUAGGUGGUAGGUUACUUUUAGAAAUGUUAGGUGAUGAUAGUCCAGAAAAAGAACCAUUUUGGCUUUUUUAUUUGAACGAACGUGUGUUUCCAAUGGGAUGGGCAGAACAAAAAGGUUUACCAUGGAGAGUGAUAAAUCCUAAUGUUGAUUUAAAUGAUACUAUUGAUUCUAAUGUACUUUUAAAUGUCUUGAAACCCCAGACACCUAAACAACACAGUUAUAAACUAGGUGAAGUCUUAGAAGUCUUAAGUCCACACUCUUUAAUGAUAUUUUAUACUGCUAAAAUCAUUAAGAUUUACGAUAACCGCUACUUUAAAAUUGAAGUUAAUGAUAAUCAUAAUGUUGAUAAACGUUUUACAUUUUUGGCUACAAAAGAAAAUCCUUACUUGUUUAAUGCAGGUUGGGCAAACAAACAUAAAUUGGUAUUAAAACCUCCAUUUGAUUGGGAUUCAGAAUUGCCAUUUAAUUGGCUUGAAUAUAUAAAAAAAAACAAUUUAAAGUUUGCUACUAUUGACAAAAUAUGCCAAAAAAAUAUAGAGUGCAUUAAAGUAGGUAUGAAGUUGGAAGCUGUUGAUCCUGUUUAUCCUGAUAAAAUUCGAAUUGCUACAAUUAAGGAAGUUUUAGAUCAUUGGGUAAUCCUUACUUUCGAUCGAUCAAAUUGGUAUCAAGAGUUGUUACAUGUGCGUUCAAUUUAUUCAGAUGAAAUAUUUCCUGUUGGUUGGUGCAAUAAACACAAAUAUACUUUAAGUAGCCCACAAAGUUUAUACAUAAAUUGUGAUACUUAUAUCAGUUAUUACUAUAAGUCAGAUUUUGAAAUUAAUUUGAAUGAUGAGGAUAUAGAUGAUUUAACAAAAUGCAAUUUUUAUGUGAAAAACGAUUUUUAUUUUCAUAGCAAACAUAAAGAUACUAAAUUGUAUGAAGACAUUGGUCUAGAAAACACUUAUAUUGACAAUAAACCAGAUUUGAAAAAUGAUUUAGUAAUACCACAUACUAUGUUGAAAACAGAAGUUUUAAAUCAUGAAAUAUCUGAAUUGGAAAAUAAAUCAAAGUCUGAAGAAUUUAAAUUAGUACAACAAAUUAAAUCUGAUGAUAUAUUUAAAAGCAGCCCAAGUUUUAAAUCUAAUGUUAACAAAAAGUUUUAUAUUCAUUUCAAUAAAGACUGUUAUCCUGGGAAUCAUACAGUUAAACGUAAAAUUACAGCUUUGCCAAAUAAUAUUGGGCCAGGUUUUGUUUCUAAAGUUUUACAAGAAGCAAUUUCUAUAUUUGUUAGUCUUGAUUACUAUCCUUGGGUUGCUUUAAAAAAAAUAAAAAAAUUGCAACAUCUAUUAUAUAAUGAACCUGGUGGUGUAGUGAAGAUGGUUUCUACAAAGGCUACAAAAUUUCAUGAGAAACAUGUAGAAUAUCUUUUAUUGCCAGAAAGUAAGAAACUAGCACAAAUAUAUUGUGCUACUCUAUGUAAUUUAUCUGGAAUGUGUGAAAACUUCAUGACUACUAUUAAAACACAAUGCUCUCAUGGAUGUAAAUUAAAAGCUUUAAAAACAUCGAAUAAAUCUUCUGUGGACAGUGCAAUAACUGAGAAGAGUAAAGUUAAAAAUUCAGUUGAUAAAAAUGAAGAAAAAACAGGAUCAUUAAUUGAAAAAAUUUGUAAAGUUGCUAAAUUAGAAUUAGAUUGUUCAAAUCAAUCACUGGUUGAGAGAUAUAAAUACUACUUAGCAUGUAUUGUGAACUAUGAAAGUUAUAUAAUAAGAUUAAAUAAUAGCCUUACACCACUUGAAUUAGCUAUAUUGACAGAGUGUGAAUCUAAAAAAGAAUACCUUAAAACAAUGGAUAGAAAAAAUACUAAUAAUUGUAUAAAUAUAACUUAUAAAAUUAAUGAAGAUAAUAAUUAUUUUCAUACAUGGAAACUAAGCUUUGAAAAAAUCUAUCGUGAAGAUCCAAGGUUUAAAAACAUAAAAAUUGACAUAGGUCAUUUUGAAGUAAUAAAAGUGACAUCAAAUCCUAAAUACUGGUCUUCAGAAGAUGUGUAUUGUUAUUUAUCAAAUGAUCCUUAUUGUAAAAUUUUAGGAAAGACUAUGAUAGCUUUGCAAGUUGAUGGUGUAGCAUUUAUGUUAUUAAACGAAGAACAACUUAUUAAAAGAUUACGAUGUUCCAUUAAUUUGGCCUUAAGAAUGAUGUGUCAUAUAGCUGAGGUUAAAUUUACGUUUUUAAAAGAUUAUAAAAAUACGUGAUAUUUUAAGGUAUAUGUUUAUUAUUGUGUUUUUGUACUUUUCAAGACUGCCAUUUUAUUAUACAUUGUUUAAUUGAAUUUAAUUUAAGAGUUAGAGCAAUUCACCAGAAAAGGAAUACGAACUAAUAAACUAUUUAACUUUGUAUGAUUCAUUUUUGUUCUUAACUAUUAUCAUUAAUAUGCUAUUUGUAAAU